UUUUCCCACUCCAGCUUUGAAUCGCGGUUCCUGUUCCACGUUACUUCCCUAGCUGGGCAUGAACGGAGCGGGAGAGCCGGAUCCGGGCGGCGGGGGCUACAAGAGGCGUUAUAGAGCCUUAAAAAGGAGACUCAAAUUCCUGAUUUAUGAGCAAGAAUGUUUCCAAGAAGAACUGCGAAAAGCACAAAGAAAACUCUUGAAAAUUUCACGGGAUAAAAGCUUCCUGCUUGAUCGCCUGCUCCAGUAUGAGAAUGUGGAUGAAGACUCCUCAGAUUCGGAAGCAACAGCCUCCUCAGACAACAGCGAUGGAGAGAUGCCGAAAGGGACGGAGCCUCAGUCCCUCAAGAGAAAACACAGCCCCCAGCUUGGCAGUGCCUCAUCACCAUCCUCCUCAGGUCUUUCUCUGCAGCCAACAUCUGGUUUUGGACUUCCAGCUUCAGGGACAUCAUCGCCCUACUUAGCCUCACUGAAUUCACCCACUUAUGCUCCCUUCCCCUCUGACUACUUGGCACUGGGGCCCGAACCUGUUGCCCCCCAGCCUGACAGCAACGCCACUCGCUCUGCCCGGCGGCCAGCAAGGCCCCACACGCUCAAGCUCCCGCUGCCCCCAGCCUCCCACUCAGACUGUUCCUCCGUCGUGGUGGGAUUACCUUUUCCUUCACCCAGAGGGACUCCCAAGCUGCCACCCCCUACAAUCCUCAGCACGGUGCCCCACCAGAUGUUCAGUGAUGCAGGAGAGGGAAGCGGCGAAGACCCCCUGGAUGGUGACGAUGAGCUGGUCAUUGACAUCCCUGAGUGACGGUGGCAAAGCAGGCGCGUAAAUUUGAAAGGACACAGGCCUCUCAGUUGUGUGUGAGGGGUAUGGUUCCCCUCCCUUUUAUUAUUUCUUUGUUUACAGACUCAGGAGGGGGG